ACAGCAGACGGAAAACUAAAAUGGCGGUAGUCAAUAUCAACUUGUUUUGAUUUUAGUUUAUUUAAAUUUAUGUCUAUAGUUUAUUAAUUAUGUGUAAAUUAUCACUCCAACGUCUAUCAAUUUAAGCAUUUCAUAAUAUUAUUCAUAUUUAAAAGAUAAUUCAAUCAAGGUGUUUGAAACAUGAAUGACGGAGAUGACAUUUUAUCGCUUCUAACCUACACGACGUUGGCUUCUGCCACAAUAGAGGACAAUGCCUUGUCGGAGAGCAAUACCUGGCAGACUUCUGCCGAAAGUAAAGAUGAAAUGUCGGCUUCUACAACAGUGCCUGUCGUUGCCCUGGACGAUGGCAGAUUUGUACUGCAAAACAGUGAUGGUCAGUUCUAUUUGCUGACAAUGAGCUCUGCUGAUGCGAACGAAGAGAUUCUGCCACAAUUUUCUACUGAUUUCAGUGUUGACAACGCGGUGACAUUUGAAGAGAGCGAAGCUGUUACUAACACUAUUAUUGUCAAUGAGGGACCACCCAAAAAGGCAAUCGAGAUUCCUGAUUCACCCUCGGACGAAGAAGGUGAAGAGAAAUUUCUGUUCCUUUGUGCCCAGUGUACCGAGGUGUUCUGCUCUGUUGAAGCAUGUAGGGACCACAUGAUCAAGGACCACAACAUGGUAAUUUCCAACGAUGUCCCCAAAGUGCUCAACGAAAACACGGAGGAACAGUCUCAGCUGCCUCUACAGCCAAUUGACACCAACAGUAAAACUGACAACACCGAGAAACCUGCGGCAAAUACAAAUAAAGAAAAGGAAAGUGGUGAGAAGGAUGGUGACCAGGAGAACAGCAGUAGCAACAGUGUGAAGAGUGCAAAGAGUGCAACCGCGGGUGAGAAAGAGAGAGAGAAAGAGAAAGUGGACAAGGGAGGAGAGGCUGGUGAUAAGGAGCAGAGUAUUGCGAAAAUGAAGAGCAAAAGGAAAAAGAUGCAGUCUGAUCCUGAUUAUGAUUUGAGGCCUUUCAAAUGCAAGCACGUCUCGUGCGUGCAGCGGUUCCGGUCGCAGGAAUCACUUACUCUGCACUUAGCUUGUCACCAGGCGCCCAAUCGACGCGAGUACGCAUGCUCACAGGCAGGAUGCAGCCAAAAAUAUGACGACUGGCGGCAUACGGCUAUGCACCUAUGGCAGGCACAUCAGAUAGACGUCGACCUCUACACAUGCUCCAUAUGCGACAAGCACAAGGCGUCGUCGCGAGUGGCACUGGAGACGCACAUGCGCAUACACGACGAGCGACGCGAGUUCGCGUGUCCCGACUGCGGCAAGGCGUUCAAGCAGAAGGCGCAGCUGCGUAAUCACCGGGUCACGCACAUGAAGAAGGCUGGUGAAGCGGCUCCACGAUGGUACAUGUCGAAACAGUGUGACAUCUGCCUGAAGACGUAUGCAGAUAGCAAGUGCCUGAAGAAGCAUGUGCAGGCGGUGCAUAGCAAGCUGCGGCCGUACUUGUGUCAGGUGUGUGGCCACUCGGCCGCCCGCAAGGCUAUGCUGCAAGCGCACCUCCGCCAGCACACGGGCGAGAAGCCGUACGCGUGCAAUUCGUGUGACUUCAAGACUGGGGACCACAACUCGCUCCGCCGUCACCAGAUGCGUCACAGCGGCGUGCGACCCUACAAGUGUCCGCACUGCUCCUAUGCAUCCAUCCAGUCGACCUCGUUCAAGAACCACGUGCAGGUGCGGCAUCCGGACAAGGAGUGCGGCAUCUACCAGUGUGGCCGCUGCAACUUCCGCACCGUCAGCCAACCCGCCUAUCUGCAGCACCAGUCUGACCACAACAACAACCUCAUACCUACCACUGGUGAAGACAAGUCCAGUCGCCGCAACGACGUGCAAGUGUUUCCCGAGAACGUGGCGGCCGCCCAGCUGAUCUACCACUGUAUGUCGGGAGGGAGCGGAGCGGGGGGAAAGGGUAAGGGCGGAUCCCAGUCUCCGCGCACCCUAGGCAAAGCUGAUGUCACCGCUAGUUCUACAUCCGGAGAUGGCACCAAGCAGACAAUUACCAUAGAGAUAUCGACCAACGGCGGUGGUACACCGGUGUCCACAGAUGACGAGGACACCACCCAUGUGGUGGAUGCGGGGGGCAUCACCAUACCUGCCGACCCCCCCAACUCAACGUAAUGUUUAGUUUUUUAGAUACAUAAGUACUUUUAUUUUUUAGAUUCUCGUAGUUUUGAUUAGCUUUAGUUAUAUUGUAAGGACUCCAUCACACAAUCCAUCACACAAUCAAAUGCGAGUAUAGGUGAUCAUAAAUGAUAGACGAUGUUCUUAGUGAAAAUGUUCAUAUUUGCACAUGUUCACAAGAACAUUUUUAUGGUGAUAAUGUUCUUGGCGAUAAAUUUGUUUCAAGAACUCUUGAUCAAAAAUUUUUAAUAUAUAUCAUCAAACUUUAUUUAUUAUAUAUAUUAUUUGAUGUCUAAUCAAAUAUUUGCACAUGAUCACAAGAACAUUUUGAUGGUGAUAAUUAAUGUUCUUAGCGAUAAAUUUGUUUUAAGAACUCUUGAUCAAAAAUGUUUACAAAUGAAAUUGAUUCAAUUAUUAUAUAAAUUACUAGCACCUUCUUUAUACUUUUUAUACAGACAAUACACUAGUAAUUUCUACAAUAAUUAAACAAAAAAAUUAGAAAAUAAAUUUACUUGCAUGGUAAAAUUUGUUCCUGAUACUUUGACAAAUAAAGAUUUGAAGAUUCAUGUUUGAUUAUUUGGAUUGGUUUUACACGGUCGAAAGAUAGCUAAAGUCUGUGAGAUAUUACUUUUAACAUGAAGAGGAGAAACCCAUUUCUCCUUCCACAGUUCGUAGCAUAGACACAGACGGACAUCCUGCGCAUAAUUGGAUGCGCCGUGUCAUUUUGUUUCACGUGCUUGUGAUGAACACAUCUCCGUAACAUACACAAACCAAUAUACCUGCUGACCGGUAAACGACUUGGAACAUUGCCAGCAAUAGCUGGAGGGGAGUAUUGUCUCUCUCACAGACACAAGGAGAAUGCUGCUAGGUAGUGGAAGUGAUUAGUGAAGGAUAGAGCAUCGGACCUCUUCGAUUACUUAAAAGUAAUUUCUCACCGACUUUAGUUCAAAUUUCAACACAUUUCAGUAAUAAAGUUUGAUGAUGUAUUUGGAUUGGUUUUACACGGUCAAAAUAUAGCUCGUUCAAUUUUUUUCAGUAAUACAUUUCAGUAAUAAAAUUUAAAAACAAACCUGAUUUGUACUUGUAUUUAAAAUGUGUAUUUUGUAUUGUUAUCGGGAAGCUGUUUGUAGAAAACGGGUGUGUUAUUUUGAAACAUA